AUGGCUGAAGAUCCCCAGUUGAAUUCUAUCCAGCAGCGGAUCGCCGCCCUCAACCAGUCGCAACUGGCCCGCCCACCGGGAGGCCCUGGACCAUCAUUCCGCCCAACCCCCGAACGGAGCGCGUCAGCCAACAACCCUCCCUCCUACGAUGCAGUCGGCUCUGUAGUAGAUCGAGCAUCUGUCGGAAAUGAACCGGCAGAUGAGAGAACCCAGAGGCCGGUCCUACAGCCGCCUCCAAUGGAAACUCUCCGGCCUGAAGUGAAACCAAAACCAAAAGCCCCUCCGCCAUUGCCCACGCGAAGAUCAGAUCGCCUGCCUCCCCCCACACCAGCUCGUCCUGCGCUUCCACCGCGCCGACCGACGGACCAAAAGCGCCGGCCCUCCCUUGAGUCGGUCGCAUCCGAUGUGUCAUACUCGACAACGUCAACAGCUACAACUACGGGACGAGGCGCAUCGACAACCUCGUUAAACUCCGCCGGGAACAAUCGCAUCAAGGCGCCUGCAUGGGGCGAGACGGAACUGCCUAAGCUGCCUCCCCGUCGACCAAAGGAACAAGCUAGUUUGGAACCGCCCCCGCGGCCUACGAUUAGUAGUAAGAGGAGCUUUGGAAGCCUUCGGCCUGAACGGCCCAGUCAACCUCCUCGUCCUACGCAGCCUCCACGGCCUACCUCGUCUCCAAAUCCUAGCCAGCCACCACCGCGCUAUGAAGCCGAAGAGGAACCCCCGGUGCCUCGACUACCUCCACGCCGCCCAUCCGGGGUACAUGCAGACACAAACGGAACUGGUGAUGACUCGAGCAUCAAUCUACCGAUUCGGAAGACCUUACCUCCUCCCCCGACGGCUGCGCAAAUCAAGGAUGCUAGACAGUUCGGGUUUGGUAAUACAAGUUCACCCAAACCCAACGGCACUGCCCCCAAUGGAACACCACCACCUAUUCCACAUGGCUCCCGUCCGGAUCUAUCCAAAAUUCUGGCUACAAAGCCACGUCUCAAUGGGUCAGCUGUGUCUCCAACCCCUCCGCCACCGACAUCAGACACCGAAUGCUUGGUAUGUCGGGACUUCUCCGGCCCUGAUAGCCAUGCAGCCCGGUAUCCUCGUGAAUCACUUCCCACGCAGGAUAUGAAGUGGCUGGCCAAUGAAUUGACAGCACCAUUCCCAUCCAUGACAGAUAAGGCACGCGCGAUAUUCACCUGGCUGCAUCAUAACAUCUUCUACGAUACCUAUGCCUUCUUUAACAACUGUGUGAAGCCCUCCACACCAGCCGGUACUUUGGCAUCUGGAAUGGCAGUCUGCGAAGGUUACGCAGGACUAUUUGCAGCAUUAGCCACCCACGCCGGUCUAGAGGCAAUAGUAGUCGGCGGCCACGGGAAAGGCUUCGGACACGAAGCUCUUGCUCCAGGGGUCCCGGUACCCCCAUACGCAGGCAACCACGCCUGGAACGCCGUCAAAAUUGACGGAGGCCGAUGGAAACUAAUCGACUCCUGCUGGGGCGCAGGAGCAAUAGAAGGCGCCGGGCAGCCAUACAAGCAACGAUUCGAGCCAGCGAUGUUCUCUAUCCCGAACGAAGAGUUCGGCCUAAAACAUUUCCCUGAAAACAAACGCCACUUCUUCCGCGAGGACGGCCGUCCCGAUCUAACCUGGGAAGAGUACAUCCUCACAGACCCAGAACGACCAAACGGCGUCGAAAGCCUAAAGGUCUACAGCGAUGCCGACAAGCGCACCAUCGGUCGCAAGACCUUCCACCCACAGGCCCUGCACAUCUCCAUCAGCACGCCGGGCCCAAUGCGCUUCCAGUUCGGUCUCCUCUGUCCUCACUGGACACUGGCUCGCCACAGCCACAUCCAGCAUGUGGGCUUGUUCCUUCUUAUGGUCCAUGGUGUGGAUGGACGCGAGGACGACAGACUACCUUUCACGCAUGUAUCAGGCUCCGGACCCGCGGGCGGUGGCGAGUUCUGGUAUGUGGAUGUCCCCAGUGCGCGUCUGCUUGGUGCGCCGGGUCAGAAGCUGCAGUUGGCUGUGUUGACUAGCUUUGGGGAUCGGAAGGAUGCCAGUGGCGUUACGGCACAGGAGUUCCAGGAGAAGGUUGGCCGGGUUGGUAUGGCCUGGGCUUAUGUCGCUGAGUGGGAGCUGGUUAGGUAG